ACAGAUUGCCCUUCAAUUCAUUUUCUGCACAGACUUCAAAGCAAUCAAUCUUCCAAUGGGAAAUAUUCCCACUCUCUUUCACAGUUUGUCAUUCUGUACUAUGAUUCUGAUCAUCAUGUUUUACAUGCCAGCAGAAGCUUCAGUCUUUAAUGUGGAAACAUAUGGUGCAGUGGGCAAUGGAGUAGAAGAUAGCACUAAGGCGUUUGCAAAUGCAUGGGCUGCAGCUUGUAAAGCUCCAUCUGCAACUUUGUUGGUGCCGGGAAGUAAGACAUUUCUAGUGAACGGUUUAGUUUUUCAGGGACCUUGUGCACCAGGCUUCACUUUUCUUGUGGAGGGAACUAUAGUUGCACCUCCAGACCCAGCAAAUUGGAACAAUCGGUUGACAUGGUUUUAUUUUCAAAAACUUCAACAAUUUACUCUCUCUGGAAAUGGUACUAUUAAUGGACAAGGGCAAGCAUGGUGGCUUCAAUGCCGUACAAAAAAUAUUCAUCACGCAUAUUGUACAGAUACUAACAGACCAACGGCCAUUCAAUUCAAUGACUGUAGUGGGUUGGAAAUAAGCGGACUAUCAAUUGUGAACAGCCCUCUCUUUCAUAUGACUUUUGAUGAUUGUAUGGAUGUCAAAAUGCUUUCCCUUAAAAUUAUAGCACCAGGAGACAGCCCCAAUACUGACGGAAUUGACAUAUUUACAUCCAAAAACUUUAUCAUAAACGACACCAGCAUUGGCACAGGGGACGACUGCAUUGCCAUCGGCGAGGGAUCUUCUAAUAUCACCAUUACGUCUGUGACCUGUGGUCCAGGUCAUGGAAUAAGCAUUGGAAGCCUUGGGAAAGGAAACUCACAAGCAGACGUUUCUGAUGUGAAAGUACUUGGUGCCAAAUUGAUAGAAACCCAGAAUGGUCUCAGAAUCAAGACAUGGCAGGGAGGUUCUGGCAUGACAAAAGCUAUAUCAUUUGAGGACAUUCAAAUCGUAAAUGCAGGCAACCCAAUAGUGAUAAAUCAAUACUAUUGUGAUUUACCUUAUUCUUGUCCUAAUCAGACCUCUGCAGUUAAAAUCAGCAAUGUAAGCUACAACAAUAUUCAUGGCACAUCAGCAUCAGAAAUAGCCCUGAAACUUGAUUGCAGUGAAAGUGUGCCUUGCACAGGCAUUACUUUGAGUGAUAUAAGUUUGACAUUGGCUUCGGGGGGUAAAGCUUCUUCUUUUUGUCAAAAUGCAGAGGGAGUAGCCAUUGGAACUGUCAACCCUCCGAGCUGCCUGAGCACAUAAUGAUUCUAUUCAUAUUUCUAGUAGUGUAGUGAAUCAAAGUUCACUACCUAAUUUCAAUAAUGAUCAGAAUGCAAGAAUUAGACUACUAUUUUAGGAUUUUGUUGUUCGACCAUUCCAUCAAUAAAAAGAACCUGUUUUAUCCUUAUAUUUGGAGAGACAAUAUUACAUUUCUCCAAGAAACUACAUAUAUUUUUUACAUAGAGGGAAAAUCUUUGAAAUUUUAAAGACUCUGGAGAUUGUGUGUUUAAGUGCACUUGCCUAGUUUUAUAUAUUUAUGUAAUAACUAACUAUUCAUGGAGUUUGUACUUAGAUGACUAAGGGAAGAGGAGGCAGUAGCCUUAUGAUGGUGA